AUGGCAACCCGCCAGCACCCCGAUCGGGCCAUGCAUCCUUCCAGAAGGAGCCGUGAUGGCACCCGUCCAGCCCUUGCCACAAAGAGCGUGAGAGACGGCUUCGUCUUUGUCUUCGGCGGCUGGAAUGGCGAAGCUCAGUUCAAUGACCUCUUCAUGUUGGAUGUGGAGAACAAGGAUUGGUCAGACCUGGACCUCAGCUGGAGUGUGCCGCGGUGGAACAUGGCAUCGCAGCUUGUCGAGGCUCGCAUGGGAGCAUGGUGCAGUAUGAGCGUUUUGGUUAGCAUAAAGAGCCUUUCGGCACUCAACACUCAACAGUUGCCUGAUGCAGUUGCGGUUGCAUCUCAUUGUGCAGAGCCGUCACAGUCGCUGUAUCAGUAG